GGCGCUCCUCCCUCCGCUGUGGGGCCGCCGGCGCUUGUUGUUGAGCGGCGGCGGCCGAGCUCGGGUGCAUCCUCGGGCCUGCCGCCGCCGCCGGAGCGCUCGGCCAUGGAGCUGGAGGUGCCGGACGAGGCGGAGAGCGCCGAGGCGGGGGCCGUGACGGCGGAGGCGGCCUGGUCUGCGGAGAGCGGGGCGGCGGCAGGUAUGACCCAGAAGAAAGCAGUCCUCACUGAGGCCCCCUCAGCGAUGGGGCAGCCAGGCCCUGGCCAUGGGAAGAAGCUGGGCCAUCGAGGCGUGGAUGCGUCUGGAGAGACGACCUAUAAGAAGACCACCUCGUCCACCCUGAAGGGCGCCAUCCAGCUGGGGAUCGGGUACACAGUGGGCAACCUCAGCUCCAAGCCGGAGCGUGAUGUGCUCAUGCAGGACUUCUAUGUGGUGGAAAGCAUCUUCUUUCCCAGCGAAGGGAGCAACCUCACCCCCGCCCACCACUUCCAGGAUUUCCGCUUCAAGACCUAUGCACCUGUUGCCUUCCGCUACUUCCGGGAGCUCUUCGGCAUCCGGCCAGACGAUUACUUGUACUCGCUGUGUAACGAGCCUCUCAUCGAGCUGUCCAACCCCGGUGCCAGCGGCUCUGUCUUCUAUGUCACCAGCGACGAUGAAUUCAUCAUCAAGACGGUCAUGCACAAGGAGGCGGAGUUCCUGCAGAAACUGCUUCCGGGCUACUAUAUGAACCUCAACCAGAACCCGCGCACGCUGCUGCCCAAGUUCUAUGGGCUGUACUGCGUGCAGUCGGGAGGCAAGAACAUCCGUGUGGUGGUCAUGAACAACGUGCUGCCCCGUGUCGUCAAGAUGCACCUCAAGUUUGACCUCAAGGGCUCCACGUACAAGCGCAGGGCGAGCAAGAAGGAGAAGGAGAAGAGCCUGCCCACCUACAAGGACCUGGACUUCCUGCAGGACAUGCCCGAGGGGCUGCUGCUGGACCCCGACACCUUCGGGGCCCUGGUCAAGACGCUGCAGCGCGACUGCCUGGUGCUGGAGAGCUUCAAGAUCAUGGACUACAGUCUCCUGCUGGGGGUGCACAACAUUGACCAGCGGGAGCGGGAGCGCCAGGCAGAGGGCGCCCGGAGCACGGCAGACGAGAAGCGGCCGGUGGCACAGAAGGCCCUGUACUCCACAGCCAUGGAGUCCAUCCAGGGCGGCGCUGCCCGAGGGGAGCCCAUUGAGACCGAUGACACGAUGGGCGGGAUCCCUGCCGUGAAUGGGCGCGGGGAACGGCUGCUGCUGCACAUUGGAAUCAUCGACAUUCUGCAGUCCUACAGGUUCAUUAAGAAGUUAGAACACACCUGGAAGGCCCUCGUCCACGAUGGGGACACUGUCUCGGUCCACCGGCCCAGCUUCUAUGCCGAACGCUUCUUCAAGUUCAUGAGCAGCACGGUCUUCCGGAAGAGUUCCUCCUUGAAAUCCUCCCCAUCCAAGAAAGGGCGUGGCGCCCUGUUGGCCGUCAAACCCCUGGGGCCUACGGCCGCCUUCUCAGCCAGCCAGAUCCCCAGCGAGAGAGAAGACGCUCAGUACGACCUUCGGGGGGCCCGCAGCUACCCCACCUUGGAGGACGAAGGCCGGCCUGAUCUCCUGCCCUGCACCCCACCGUCCUUUGAGGAAGCCACCACGGCCUCCAUCGCCACCACACUGUCCUCCACCUCCCUGUCCAUCCCAGAGCGCUCUCCUUCAGAGACGUCAGAGCAGCCCCGGUACAGGCGGCGUGCGCAGUCUUCGGGCCAGGAAGGCCGGCCCCAGGAGGAGCCCCACAUGGAGGACCUGCAGAAGAUAACAGUGCAGGUGGAGCCAGUGUGCGAUGUGGGGAUUGUGGCCCCCAAGGAGCAGGGUGAGGGAGCGGAGGUCCCCCCAUCUGGGGCGUCAGCUGCAGCCACCGUGGAAGUGGACGCCGCUAGCCAGGCCUCAGAGCCCGCCAGCCAGGCCUCGGAUGAAGAAGAUGCUCCCUCUACAGACAUCUAUUUUUUCGCUCACGGGAGAUACUGGCUUUUCUCUCCCCGUCGUCAGCAACUGCGGGCCGUGACACCAAGCCACACAGGCGCUCCCACCGACGAGAGGAGCUGGGUGUACUCCCCGCUUCACUAUAGCGCGCGGCCCGCCUCCGACGGCGAGAGCGACACAUAACUUCUAUGCAGCCCCCAGUCUGGAGCCCAGCGUCCUUCUGCUACCCCAGCACUUCCUGGAGGCGCUGCCCCCCCGACUGGGGCCCAGAGCUCAGCGACAUCACCCUGAUGGCCCUGGCCCGACCUCUUCUCGCCCUCCCCGCUGUCGGAUGCCAGCGGCCAGGCCCGUCCCAAGGAUAGCUCGGCCCACCAUCUGCCGCUACCUGUGCCUGUUGGGGGCCGAUCCUGUAUUUAUUUUGGGUCCUUUUUGCACGGGAGGGGACACAGGAGUGAGUUUCUCGGAAAAAAGGACAGAAAACCCAGGAAGGGGCUGCAGCCACCAGUCUUGGUGGAUCAGGCUCUACAUGUCUCGAUACUUUGAGGACCCAGGUGGUUCCAGUAAAGCCCACACACUCCAGGGCACUUGUGGAGGCCUGCAGAGGGGACAGGCCCUGGAGUCUUCGCUUGCCAUCCAGGUCUGUGCUCCUAAGUGGCUGCCUCACCAGCCCAUGUGUCACCUCAGGUUUGGGGCCCAGGCAGACCAGGACUAGCCAUGCCCUGUGCACUUUCUGCAUCUGUUUACCGGCACUGGAAGGAUGUCCCCCGCGCACGAAGUCCUGCGGCUACAGUCCCCUGAUGCUGACUGCCUCUCAUCCCCCAGAAACCCCCGAGCAGGGGCCGUGGGUCCCCCUCAACUCCCAUGGAACUCUCCUCAGAGCAGAUCCCACCUCAAGAAGGGCACAGCUUGACUUGAGGUCCUCCGACACCCUGGCCGAAGAAGGUAAGGGAGAUGGUGAUGUCACGACCACAGCUAACUCUGUCCACCAGAGUGCCAGGGCGUGGGAGCCGUCUCCUCCCCGGGCAGACCCCAGUGCAUUGGGAACAGCCCAGUCAUGCCGGGUCCCUGCGUUGUGGAUGCUCCACCCAUGCUGGUGCGGUAGAAAGAGUCAAGCUGGGAUGUUCUGACGGCCGAGCAGCAGCUCCGGUACACUGCCUUUGGGUCAGCCGCAUGGGCCUCUCAGGCUGCCCCUUCAGGGACAUGUGGGUCAGGACCUGGCUGGCUUACAAGGACUGCAGCGGGCUAGUGGAGCAAUGGGGAGCCUGACACAGCCCUUCCCUCAGGAGCCAAUUUCCAUCAUGGCAAGAAAGGAUGCUGCUGGGCCAGGACCUCUGCUGGUGAGGGCCACAGUAGGAGAGAUGGCCUGUCACGUUUGUGUUAAGUCUCAAAGCCCCCUUCAAAGGUCUGCAUCGCUUGCUUAUGGAAGUCCUGUUGUUUUGGGACCCACAAGUGAACGUGGCUGUGGUGAGCCACUGCUGAGAGAGUUAAUUCAAGGGUUGCAAUGCAAAUUCAGGCCUUGCCUAGAUCCUGCUGGUCAUAGUGUCACAUCUGUCAUCCCACCACUUGGAAGGUUAAGGCAGGAGGUUUGUGGCAGGUUCCAAGCUAGCCAGGGCUACAGAAUGAAACCCUGUUUCAAGAGGGCAAAAGGAAAACACAGGGCUGGCCCUAUCACUCAGUGGGCAGAGCUCACCGAGCCGCAUGCGCUCCACGGUCCAUCCCAGCAUCUCGGAGCCCAGAGGCUUGCAUGCACACGACUUGCAUGCCUCACUUGGAAGGUGGAGGCAGAAGGAGCAGGGGUGCAAAGUCGUCCUGAAACCCUCUCAAAAAAAAAGAAUCUGUAAAUAUUUUUGUGACUCCCCAUCCUGUGCCCCAUAUCCUGUUCUCUCCAACGGCCGCUAUCGCCCCAGCGUGGACAGCGAGUGAACUGUACUGUAAGGCUCUGAGGCGCCUCCAAGGCUGAUGAGGUGUCCCCCUGGCCCGCCUCUGUCCCCUCAGGCCAUCCCAGCAAGGCCCUCUUCUGCCCCACACCAACCUCAGUGCAAUAUGCCCUCCCCGUGGGGUCCCUUGGCACGGUACUGUCUCCGCAGUUCUUCGUCUCCCACCCCCACCUCCUCAGACUCCGGUGGUUAAAACUCACACCCUCACCCCGUCCUGUUUUUAUUGCUGAAUCCAUUCUGAAAACUACAAACCUCGUGUGUCUUACUCAUCGGGGCGAGGGCUUCCCGGGUCCUCAGCCCAUGCGGUCUAGUGUGUGACAAUCCAACCAGGGGACCGUGUCCCUCCAGUGCAGCCACUGCUGGCCAUAGCCAGCCUCUGUAUGCAGCCCAGGUUCCCGCCCACCCGCCACAGCCCCUCUUUUUAAGUUGGGAUCUCUAAUAAAUCUAAUGAAUAACA